GCACGAUCGCACAAAAACAUCAUACGCGGCGCGGUACAGAUCGGAAACAGCUGCAGGAGCAAGCUGCAGCACAGAUUAAUUGGCGUUGCGACAGUGGUGGGUGCACGUAAGCGCGCAUUGCGAGAUACUGCUUGCGUUCGCGCCCGAGUGUUGUGUUGCGGCCGCCAAUGCUUGGCGCCGCCUGACAUGUGAGUGCACCGACACGGCCCAGUUCCAGCCCGGAAUUGCCGCCGUCCCAAACCCGAGGAUUGGCGUGAAUGGACCCCGAGAGUGUUAUUGAAUAGUUCGUCGGCAUGGCCUCCAACCUGGUCAAGAAGCUGAGGAACCGCUUCCUCAAUGGUUACAAGCAGAUUUCAGUGUUGAUGCCAGGCGACACGACGAGCGAAAGCGGCAGGGAAACGGAGGAGCUGCUCUCGACUAGCUCAGCGCCAGCGUCACCGACGCCCCUCAGACCUGAGCCGGCUCCCAUGCCCCCUUCCUCUUCGGCUAAGCAGGACAAGUGUUGUUGCGGUCUUCAUCCCCAUUGUCAGCCCGUGAGGAGGGAUCUCGAAUUUGAGGAGUUUGAAUGUGAUGUGGCUGUGCAAGAACACGACGAUGGAGGAGUUGCUCAAUCCGGAGAAAAGUGUAGGCGAUGUGAAGAGUUUUCCUUUACACUUUACGACUUAGAUGGUCACGGAAAAAUAACCAAAGAUGAUAUUGCCAGCCUGGUGACCUCGAUCUACGACACGCUGGGGGCGACGAUCCAGGUGCCGCACUCGGGCAGCAAAACGAUCCGGGUGAGGCUGACGGUAGCCCCUGAGCGCAAGUCGGAGAGCGGCGCGCGCGCCAGCAGUCCGCAGAACCACAAGCAUUGCCAAAGCAAAAACGUGAACCAUCAGAGCAGUGAGCCAGCUGUUGAGAAGAUCAAGGAAGCUCUUCAGCGCAAAAACAGCCCGCUGAAGGAAGGCGGCGAGCAGCGCCUCAAUAACCACGUGCCGUGCAAAAAGGAAACGUUCCGGAUAGGUGGCGUGAAAGUUCUCUACACAAACCACCUCAACAACAACAACAACAACAAUAAUAACAACAAUUCGUUCAAACAAGACAUUAUGAGAAACAACAAUGAGACUGGACCCUUGAUAGUUAACAAUACUCCGCACAUUACCAAGAAAAUUUCGCGCCAUGAGAGUUUACGGAGAGACAGACUGCCUAACUGCAAAGUUUCCGCCCUGGCCAACGGCGCCAGCGCUUCCGCCCCAAACACACCCCUCAAAACCGCAACCUCCACACCAAAGGCCAAAUGCCAAGACUGGAAAGCGAAUUUCCGCAACCGAUCGCCAAACCGACCAAAGCGGAGGGCGACCUUCAAUGCUCUGUCUUCACCCCGUCACUAUCCGGAGUACAUUAAUCAAGAGAGGACAAACGAAGAAUACAAAGAAAUCAUCGCAAACAACAUGAAGAAGAAUCUUUCAGCGUUGCAAAGCACCCAUCGCCGGAAACGUGUGGAGGAGACGAUGCAUAAGCACCAAGAUAGCGCUCGGAGCCAUCACGACUGCAAGAAGCGGUCUGCGGAAACAAGGCAACUGCUUUUUCCUGACAUGUGCCUUGAUUGCGACCAGCAGACAAACCAGCACGGGCUGCGGCACAAGAACCGGGUGCGUGACAACGCACGCUCGCAGUUGCAGGUCAAGGAGUGGCUGAAGACUGGCUGCUGGGGCUACUACCUGACCGACGAAGAUGGCCACCAGAUGAGCUACUACCUGCCAAAUCUGCUGUCACAGAAAACGCCGCCACCGUCGUCGCCAGUGCUGGAAAAGCGCCUGAUCAACGAGGACAGCAGCAAGAUUGACUUCUUGAUACCCGACACUGACCCACCGCUGGUUAGGCCUGACAUUGUUGGCAGCUGCACCGCCGAUGACGACGUUGACGCCGGCUCCACCGCCACCACGCGUCGCACGCGUCGACAUGUGCAUGAGCACGUACAUCACCACUACCACCACUAUUCGCAAGAAAACAGCAAGAAGCCCAAUGCCGGUGACCUUUAACACAUCUGCCCACCCACGCCGUUUGCUCUUAACUUACCCUGGUGGCGCUAUUUUUUAGCCACUUUACCCUAUUUUGACAAAUACCUUCACAUUAUCACACUAUGGUUUCGUUUCAUCGCUCUAGUGUGGAAAUAUUUGAGCAGGCCUGUAUUUUAAAUCGUUUUCCAACCCUUUCAUGUUCAAAUUAUCAUGUUGGAAAAAGUGCACUUCACCCACAGAAUAACAUUAUUUGUGCAAUAUUGGCAACCUUAUUGCCACAUUGAAAGCAAAAAUUGUAUAGAGCCUUCUUGUUAUGCAGAUUGUUUCCUUGAGAAGUAGCUUUCAGAUUGUUAUAUGAGAAACAGGAAUAUUUAUUGGGACUUGAAAAUGUUCAAAGUGCAAGUAUCUACUGUUCAAAAUCGCAGAUCUGGAACUGCUCUUAAUAAUUUUUGAAUUCAAUUUAAAAAUGGGGGGUCUUUUCUGGACUGGGCUUCUCCCACCAAGUUUCCUAAACACUAAAUUAUUUUUGCAAUGUUGAUAGGACACAAGUUGCUCGCUAUUAGGUGUGUCAAUCAUCUUGGAAGCGAUAAACCUAUCAAUAAAAAGCGUUAUUUAUUUCUUCAAUGAAAUCUUAAUAAUUUGGUUUAUCCUAUGAUCAUUAUUGUCACACAAACCUCCAAGCAAAUUUUGGAACAUACUUUGACCUGGCGUGGAGCCAUUAUUUGCGAAUGAAAUGAAUUAGAAGUUGCAACUCCCAUCACAAAAAUAAUAUUCGGCCGUUUCUCUUGUCUGAAUUUUGAUGGUGUCAGUCGAGUAUUAUUCAAGUGAUAUGCUGUAUUUGGAACGUCAGUAGGAGUGAACACCGCUUUACAUGUUUUCACACUCCUUCUGUUGACUUAGAAGCUGAAAGAAAUCUCUUUGUUAGGCUGUUGCCUGACUUGUUUGAAAAAAGGAGGGAAAAAUCUUGCUCUACAUACAAUAGCUGUAAAACAAAAAUCGACGGCCUAACGUGUCUAAUAAAUAAUCAAGAGCAUUUGUACGAACGGGGUCGGUGACUUGUUAGUCGUUUUUACACAAAGAAACAACUCAAUAAUAAACAAACUACCUCACUGAUUAAACUGUAUUUAGAAGUAGCGGAGAACGUGACAGGGGCUGUCUGCUGAGCUUCUUGUUGAAAUGUAAAGUUAAGUGGAAGAGGAUAUCCAAUCGUAGUUUUAUUUAACUAUAUAAAUGUAUAGAAACGAUGUUAUUUAUAUUGACGCACAAACGAUGGUGACUUAAAAUUCUGAUGCGAUUUUAUGCGACUUGAUAUAAAAAGUAUUUAUUGACUAUAUACUGUAAGGACGACUACAAGCAAGAUUGUUUUAGACCAUGAGCUUUUGUUACUAUCAAAAUAAAACUUCAGUAAUAUCAUAUUACACAAAAA